CGCCCCUAAUUGUGCUGUCCCGUCUAUCCUGUUUCGUCACUUCCUCUCUAGCCCCUGCGCAGUCGAUAAGGAAACCCGGACGCUACCGCGGCUUCCUUUUUUUCAGGCGGCCGCGAAGAUGGCGGAUAUUCAGACCGAGCGUGCCUACCAAAAGCAGCCCACCAUCUUUCAAAAUAAGAAGAGGGUCCUGCUUGGAGAAACUGGCAAAGAGAAACUACCGCGAUACUACAAGAACAUCGGUCUGGGCUUCAAGACGCCCAAGGAGGCCAUUGAGGGCACCUACAUUGACAAGAAAUGCCCCUUUACUGGUAAUGUCUCCAUCCGAGGGCGCAUCUUGUCUGGUGUUGUGACCAAGAUGAAGAUGCAGAGGACCAUAGUCAUCCGCCGAGACUACCUCCACUACAUCCGAAAAUACAACCGCUUCGAGAAGCGCCACAAGAACAUGUCAGUGCACCUGUCGCCCUGCUUCAGAGACGUCCAGAUCGGCGACAUCGUCACAGUGGGUGAGUGCCGGCCCCUGAGCAAGACUGUGCGCUUCAACGUGCUCAAGGUCACCAAGGCCGCAGGCACCAAGAAGCAGUUCCAGAAGUUCUGAGACCAGGGACCUGCCUGCACCCCCAAACGAAAUAAACUUAUUUUCUCAGUCACAGGCCGGGUUUCUCUUCUGUCUGUGACCUUACCAGGGAGAGGUGUCGUCUCUGGGAGUUGAGUUAGGUUGAUAAGAAAGAUCAUUUGGGGUUGUUUGUUUGUUUGUUUGUUUACUCUCUGCGUCAGAAGGAUGGGAAUGGGUUCAAACCUGCCUCUUGCCCUCUGGGGUCUGUGGGCGAAGACAACCUGUAUUAAAGAUGCUGCACCUC